AAUUAUACAACAUUUAAUGAAUUGACUGAUUGGUUGAGGUUUCAGUAGAAAUUUCAGUAAUUUUUACUGUCACAUUCAAAAAUUUUGAACGAGCUAGUUACAUUAGAAAAUGAAUAUAAAAAUGGUGGCAAAUGCAAAUGACAAAUCGCGUUCACAGGGUUGCUUUGAUAAAAUGUAUCUAGUUUGCACACGCAUUGUCACGCUUGCACUCUGGCAGCAACCUUAGGUUGAUGUCAGAAUGAGCGCGGAACGCGGACCGAAGCGAAGCGAUUCAAUGCGAUGUACUGUUUACAGGUUUGCAACUAGCUCGCACGCGCGCCUAGACGCUUUCACUCUGACAUCCACCUUACGGUGAAUCCAGAGAGACACGCGACGCGAAGCGAUGCGAAAGUUGACAGAUCGCAGGAGUUUUAUCCAUUUAAUUCCACCAGAAAAAUGACAUGGAUGUGCACGCGUGCGAGCUUGUUUCAUUCAAUCAAAGCAAAUAUGUCACAGUGAACGCGAAGCGAUAACAAUGUGUCGCCUCAAUACGCUUCACUUCGCUUCGCAAAACGCGUUCACUCUAACAGCAACCUUAGGAUGCAGCGAGAGUGAACGAGCGAAGCGAUGCAAUUCACUGCGAUGUACUGCUAACGCAUCGCAUUCACUGCGACAGCUAACUGAAUUACGAUUCUAUAUCGCACUACUCGGAUUCGAUAGCAAUAAUCCACAAACUUCCACGACUAAUCGUCUUAAAAUCAUGAACUUUAGAACAGUAUUUGUAUACCAACAUUUGAAAACAAUAUUCUUUGAAGAAGUGAUGUAUUUUUUUUUUAAUCUUCUGACAGCGACUUACGAGGCCCGAAAAUGGAUAUCUUUGUAAUCGAACGGCCGAUAAUAAUGAGUGACACCAUUAAGUAGAUGCCAUUUACGAUUUCGGCACUGAGCAAGUAGAACUUGCUAUAAUUUUGAGUUUUACUACCGGCGAUACUCAUAAAUCUAUAAAGCCAUCAUUGCAUCACGAUUUCAUUAAAGAAUCUUCGUCUGGUCACGUCUCGAACAUAGACAACUGUUAGGUGAAUUGAAAAAUCAGAUGUUUUAUGCUAUAUUGAUUUACUAAACAAUUGAGUAAUUUUUGCUUUUCAGGACUUUUAUUGCAAAAUCAGUGUGAAUCAGCCGCACGGUCCACCGAUGAUUAUAUAUAGCAUUUAAUAUUUUCGAUAAUUUCAACGUGAUAGUGUUAUUUGAGGCUAGUCUGGUUUCGUUAGCAGUUACCAAUUGGUAACAAAUGUAUUCAAAAAGUAUAAUAAAUAGAAAUACAUAUUAGCUAUAAUUGUGUUAUGGUGGUAAGACACAGUACGUUAAAUUUAUCUCAAUGCUUGAUUUCAAUUCGAUGUCCCUUGGUGGGAUAAAUAGAUUUCAGAUAAUAAACAGGCGGAGCAAAAGGCACGCUAUACGUUUCAAAAACCAGAAUGGAAUAUUCGAAUUGAUGAAUUUUGAACUUUGCUAGUAAAGUUUGUCCGGUUUCUAUUGCUAGACUGAGCAUUCUCCGCGACUCUCAUUCUAGCAACGAGGAUUUCAAGGCGGAUAUGCGUUUACGAGAAACCAACGAGAGUGACUGCGCCGUGUGCCGUUAGCAUCAAACAAGUAGCGAUUAUUUUCAUCGAAAUUCCAUGAUCCAUCGCAUUAGAGAAAAAUGCAUUCAACAAGAAUGAAAAAAUUUAAUUCUUUGCAUUCCCCCUCGGAAAAUCAAUUUAAUUUUUUCUCUCACCAAGUUGGUUUAACGUCGUAUUUGUAAACCUUUAUUAAUUCACCCAGUGGCCUUCAUCUGCCCUUAGUAAGUUUUUUCGAAAUAGAUUCUUUCAUAUCCGAGAAAUUGCAACAAAUUAGAAACACUGGGAUUUGUGGUUAUGUCACAAAUAUUGUUACAUCUCUCUAAUCGGAAAUGUUGGCCUUAACCCAUCCCAAUUUGAUUAAUAUUGUGAGCAUUGAAAUGAGCUUAAGUUCAUCUAAAUUCGUUGAGUCGUCUUCGAGAACAUUCAGCCGAUGUAAAAUAUGCGGUUAGUCGGUAAUGUCACUUAUACCAUAAUAUUUCCGAAACCGGACGUGGUAGUCAUUUGAUCUUCGAACUUGAUCCACAAUUCAAUAGUAGUUUUCAAACGAGACUAGACAUGUUAAAAUUAGCUAAGAUAUCUCUGAGAAAAAUGAGCGAUAAAUAAACAAAAAAAAAAGCAAUUAGAAAAUCUUGUAAAAAUUCACGUACACAGACGUUUUCCUAUUUCGUCGAGCUGAGUCGAUUUCUAUUAUAACACUAUGGGUGUCCAAGGGUCCGUUUGUAAGUCGGUUUUUCCAGCAAUUCUAUUGCCUUUCGAAUGCGAAUGGCAAAACCAUUGAUCUAUUCGCAUGCAUGAAUUCUGACCAUCAAGAAAAAAAAUAUAAAACGAAUUUUUGUAUAUAAAUGGAAAACUGUAUAUUUUAUAUGGAAACCUGUUACCAAUCCGAUUCAAGACUGAUUUAUAAAAAAGCGAAUGAAAAGUUUACAUAUAGCUUCAUCAAAUUGAGGCGACGGGUACAGCGUAAUGGGUAAGUCGAUGCAAAAGUUCCCAUCUGAGUCCAGAAAUGAUACUUUUGACCGCUUUUGCUGUGUGAAGAGGCAUUGUACUUCCCCAUGUCUUGUAAAUCAUUUUUAUUGAUUUUCGAUCAACGCUUGAUUCAAUUACAUUGCUACCGGUAGCUAUUAGUGUUUAAAGUUUCAUCUGGCUUGAAAAGUUGGUAGUACAAGACAAAUUUUUGUUCCCACUAAUUGCACCGCAGCAUUUUCAUUCCGAAGCGAUUGAGUCUUGCAGUUUAUGUCGAUGGUUGGUCAGGAUCGACUCAUGAUUUUCAGUGCUUGGGAUUCUCGAAAUCAAUCCAUUUCUCAUCUCCCGUCACGAUCUUUUUAUUUCAUGCUGUUCAUUAUUCAGCUAAUGAGAAACCCAUUUUCUCACCUUUGGAAUCUUUCCAAUGACGUGUAGAUGAUCGGAAACGACUUGAUUGCUAACGCUCUACUAUUUUUUUGUAAUUUUCCCUCGUUUUGCUUACUAGUUCGAGAAAAGGCAUUGAAGCUCUGAAAAUAUGUUAUCGUUGAGAUGGCUUAAAUUUGAGUUGAUGUUGAGCUUGAAAUAUUUCGAAAUAGAGGAAUACCAAUAGGGAUUACUCUAUUGUCUUAAAGCUGUUUUGACAGUGUAAAGUGACUCAUUUACUCAGUAUUGUUUGUCAAAUCAUCAUGAAUACGUUAAUUUUAGAACAACGCUUCCAAAUCGUGGAAAUUUAGUUUUAAAAUCAGUGUUCAAAUAAAACUGUUUUUGGUGCACAAAAAUUUGUUGGUGCACAAAAUCGUCUGCUUGAGACCAAAUUUCAGUCGAGAUUCACUCUUUUGGAUGCCAAGCCAUCGAUAAGAAUGAAAAGAGUGCGUACUGAAGAAAAUAUUGCUGUCGUUCAGGCCAGUGUCGAAGAAAACGACAAUUUAUCGAUUCGUCGUCGAACGCAAGAAGUUGGGAUUUGUACAUCCACUUUGAGGAAACAUUUGCGUAAAGAUUUCGGUUUGGUGCCAUUCAAAAUUCAACUGAUGCAAGAAUUGAAGCCACACGACCAUCGGAUGCGCCGAAGCAACGAAUAAUAUUGAAAAACUGUCACCUUAUGUGCUAUUCGCAUACAUUUGUAUGUCGGGUAAAAUUCAUAGUGCAACUCAAGCAAGGAGAGCUACUUCGUUCCUUUGUUAGUUCAUGAAUUUGUGCGCCAGUUGAUGACUGUGCUUCAUGAGGUUAGCAUUUAAUGAAUUGUUAUCAUAUUGCAAAUGCUUAUGAGAAAACUAAAUUCAUAGUUUUUAGUACCGAUGAUCAUUAAUUGCUGAACAUUGCUUUUAGUGUUUCUAGAAUUGGUACACAGGGAAAACUCCCAAAAAACAAAUUGAUCGUUUUGAAAAUGGGUUCAAAUGCAAAAUUUAUGCUAUACAAUGUUUGAAAUAUUUUUGAAAUGUGAUCAAAAUUGGUCUUGGAGUGCAAACAUUAUGUUCAAAAAUGAUUUCUGUAAACCUUCACUGAAAAACACCGUAAAAACUGCCUGUAUGAUCUUGCUUCGCGUCUUGUAGCACGCCGUGAAGCAAAGUUCUUCAUUCUCGUACAGUCGUAUGGAUGUGAACCAAAAUUUGGUUUCAACAGGAUAGUGCCACUUCACAGAAAGGAAUUAUGAAUUUUACAGGUGACAUAAUUCUACAAACGAUACAGUUCAUAACUACUAAACUUCUCAAAUGAUGCAAUAUUCCAUUCGUACAGAAAUUUACUGGCUCCGAGUGGAAUUUGCACUCGGCUAGCAAGUGAGACUGUAUGAACUUAUAUUCACGAUUUACCAGCCAAGCAGAUAUGCGCUUCUGUGGCUCAGUCGGCUAACUGGUGUGCUUUGUGAUCUAAUAAUUUUCGGUUCAAGUCGCGUUGUUGCUGUCGAUCUUUUGAUUUUUAUUCCAUUCGUUUUAACGCCAUGUAAUUUUCAAAUCACACAAUUUAUAUGUUCUUGAAUAUUAAUUUGUGUGAGAUAUGACGCUCCAUUUAUGUGCAUCUGAUAAGAUGUAAAAUCACAAGAAUUUUUCGAACUGUGUUGUCAUACUGCGGCCGAAACGAUCGACUUAUUGAAAGAACAUUUCAAUGACAACAUUAGUUUUCAAAAUAUUUGAUCACUCAUCUAUAAAAGAGUUUUGAAAUUAGUUUAGAAGUAUGUGUGUAAAAUUGCAGAAUUAGUCUUUUUAGGCUGCUUGCGAUAUUAUCUACAUACCUAGGAAAUAUCGUGUAAAUUUACGUCUUCUAAGACCGACAUAUACGAGCGUCAAAAAUGAUUCCUCUUUACAGUAGAUCUAACACAUAUUACUUUUACUCGGCUGCUGUAAAAGUAGUGUAUGUUCGACACAUAUGUAAAGCAUUCUUGUAAAAUUCAGUCUUUUUACGAAUUACGUUCUUAUGAUUUGAGUCAUAUGCGGAUUUACGUCACCUGUAAAUUUUAUUAAUUUUUGCUGUGUUGAGCUUAUCAAGGGACUUGUUUUUCGAUGAUUACUUUUCAGUGUGAAGAAACUUGAGAGGUUCACAGUGAUUACAGUACAAUAUAUGGCUGUUUUUUCACUUUCCGUUUUUGCUGUCUGAAUCGUAAUGGUUUCAAUUCAAGAAUAUAAAUUACGGAGAAGUUGGCAAUAACAUUUCUUUAAAAAGAGCUUUAACAACUGGUCUUGUACGCAAAAAUACGCUUCCAAAAUGGCACACUAAGUAUGGUGGUGCAACUGACUGGCCUGUCAGUCUUGCGGCUUGGACGGACAGGAAUAUAAUAAAGUUAUUACGUUUACCCACAAAACUCGAGAUCUGCCAACAAAAGCCACCACCGGCAAGUAUUCCAGUGACAGGGGGACUGCGAAAACUUUGUCGCUGCCGGAAAUUAACCAAGCUAUUCCAGUGUCCGGCCGACAAAAUUUCUUGGGACUUUGAAAUAGUUUCCGAGGUUCAGUUACGAGCAGUGAUAGCCCUGUCAGGAACCCAGCAAAGUUAAUCCGGUAGGCUCGGGUAAAUCGACUGCUAUACAUAUUUGCCAAACUCGUUCCGAAAAGGGGGGUGUUUAGAUUGUGCUAGAAGCUUCUUAAAGCGAAGUCUUUUUUUUGCUUGAACCACUGGGUUUGUUCGUGCUCAAAUUUUGUUACUGAAUUUUUGCAAACAAGAUGCCGACAUUUAUUCAUUCUAGAGGUUGGAUGUCAUCACGAAGAGAGAUAGAAUUGAUAGGAGUCUCGGCAGUUCCAUGUUUGAUUAAUGUUUGUAAUUACUAAAGUCGUCAGCGAAAUAAUUGCUUGCCGUUAAUAUAGUUUACGAGAUAGGAAUAUUCAUCAGAUUUUUCUCUCAUGAAUUAUUAAAGACAUAAGACAAGCCGAUGCAUUUAAUUUCUUACGUAAUUCAUUGCAAUUGUCUCAAGAUGACAUCAAUGAUUCCUGCCGGUCAAUGAUACUUCCCAUUCAUUGCUGCUAUGUCUUUAUUAUGCUAUGCCUUUCUUGAUUGAGUUAAUAGAAUGUUAAUAGGAAACCGAAAAAUUUAUCGUCGGAAAAAUAUAACUACCAACAAAACUAAUAUUUCUAAAUCAAUAUUCAGUUUUACAUGCGUCACAGCAUAUAGACAAACUCACUCACCAACGAAAAAAGUUUAUCUGCCCAGUCAAAAUCAUGCAUAAUUUUUCCAUGGAAAAAAUGUAUUCAAGAUAAUUCACUUCAUUUUCAUGACAGGACCAAGGGUGCGUUUCGAUUUACUGUCCUUUCCAAGCAUAUUGCAGCUGACUACAUGUUUUACGACUCACUCCACCCAUCAUCACUCAGCAUCAGGUUCAUCGUCAACAUCAACAAUAGGUUUAUCGGUACUACGAUGCGGCAGCAAUAAUACAGAGCAAAUAUUAUUAUUUCAUGUCUACCCGAGAGCAACUGGUCAGCUUGUGGGAAAUGGUUACUGGUUUUGGGUGAGGUGUCAGACGGUGAAGUGUUAUGGGGAGGGGGGCAGGUUAGCGGGUGAAUCGUUGCGAACCUAUCGAAGGAUCAGAAUUUGUGGAAAGUUCAUGCAAUGAGAAAACAAAAAUCCCAAAAAUACUGAAGCAGACAAGAAAAAAAAACGGAGCGAAACAUGUCAGAUAUAAAAGUUUAAUCAUUCGGUCGGUACCGAGUCGAGUCAGUGGUGCUUUUAUUUUUUGCUUCUCUGAUUGACACAGAAUAUCUCAAUGUUCUGCGUUUCGGAAAAGUUCGCACAGUUUGACGAGUGAAAAUGCGAGGGUGUCCAAACGAUUUCGGUAGCCUCGUCAGCACGGCGUAAACAGCGGAAGCUUUUAGUUGUAACGAUUUACUGCGGUCUGUUGGUUUAUGACGGUUGACGGUGUGGUUUGUGUGUGAAACUUGGAAAUGAUAAGCGGAAUAAUGCAUGACUACGGAGAAUUAGUCACGUGUCACGGAAUAUUCGCUACUUGAUGCAGUGGUCGUUUAUGUGAGAGAUAACUCGGUCAACCGAAAGAUUGAUUUGUAAAAUCGUUAAAAGAUAUACAUCGGUGGGAUCCGCUGACUAUGAUAAUCAGAGGUUCCAUCUAAGAGGGCUGCGGACUGCAGACCAUUUAUCAUCGACCGAGAACGGCAACAGAAAGACUAAUGCAGGAAACUCAAAGCGGCCUCUAGCGACUAAUUCUAUAUCACGAUAAUCGAACAUCUACUGUGCGACAGGAACACUUUGCCGAUUGGUGCCGAAGAGCGAGAUGAUUCCCUCUGGAGGAGAAAUAACACAUAAAAUCUCAACUUCGAGUAAAUAUGUGCACGGGAAAACUUUUCGCUUUGUCAAGAAACAAUUAACAGCAGUGUAGUGGGAUCCGGUGCGCUUCGGGAAAUGUAAAUAUGCCCUAUCUUAAUUAGAAAAAUAAAGGUGACCCCAAGCAGACGCUCGAGCCGGGAAGGACGUUCAAUUUGAUUACGGUGUGAAAACCUAGAUACCUGUUUACCAAAACAUAGGCGCGACUAUGUUAUGCUAGUUGGUGGAUGAGUGGAAACCGUAUCAGUGUCAAAAGAAAAAAACCCUAGUGCUACGUCUCCAGUAGCGAAACUUUGAAGUAUGAGCGCUGGCGAGCUACAUUUCAAUUACCUGUCAGCAGUAGCCUUCGCCAUUUUGGUGCUAUUCAUGAAAACUGCGCACGGGAUUGAUUGCUUCAAAUGCGUUUCGAUGAACGGAGCGAACAAGGCAUGCGACGACCCGUUCCACAACAACUACUCGACCGCAAUCCUGGAAUCACCCUGUAUGGGUGGGCGUAAGGGUCGAGAUGGACUGUUUCCGGCCACGUCCUGCAUUAAAAUUGCUGGUUAUUACGAUGACACCCGUGAAACAAUCACCGUUCGUGGAUGUGCCCUGGAUAGCGGUACAUUGACCACGGAUACGGAAAUCAUUCGGAUGUCCCAUUGCGGUCGGUUUUUCUAUGAUGAUAGAUACGUACAUGGAUGCUUACAGAGCUGCAACGAUGCCGAUGCUUGUAACCACAGUUCGCGGUUGGUGGUAGAUUCCUACCAGUUUAGUUUCUGGCUGGCAACACUGUAUCUCCUGCUGUACUACCACCGGCAGCGGAUUUUGUCCGCUCCACAGCAUCUAGGCCCCGGAAGCUAACAAAGUAGAACCUAGCCACUCUAUCAUCACCGUCAAGCAAAUAAUUUAUGAAACCAGUGCAUAGCCGUAGCGUUUAGUUAGCUUCAGAGGGCCAUUUGGUGGCGGUAAUUAUAUCAAAACUUGCUGCAUGCGAAUGCCGCAAUAGCACAGUGAUUUUUUAUAGCGUAACAUUUUGUCCCCGCUUUUCCAUUGUUUGUAUGUACACCUAAUCCUCACGAAAAUGUAGUGUUAGACGUUGCAAAUGUACCCGUGGUGGAAAAUUCGAAGAAAAUUGUCGACCAAACAGAAACAAUAUAUGCACUAGCUAGGCUGUAAGGACACACGAUCAAUUGAUUUAACAUGCUAUUGCUGCACCGACGAAUUGAAAAUCAAAAUGUAAAUGAUCAUGUCAUUUGUAACAACUUUUUCAACUAACAUUUAAGUACUCCUAGGGUGUAGAAAAAGAAAAUAAAUGUAAACUAUGACACAUUUAAAGUACAGAA